CGCCAUUUGUCAGGGGCAUGAAGAGAAAGCUCCUACUAUAAAAAAAAUAUCAACCCAGCUCUUCCUUCUUCUUCUUCCCCACACUUCCACGUUAACAACAACCGCAGUUCAAUCAGAAAAUAAAAAGAUGCCGCCAUCUCAAGUGAUAGUUCGUCCGGCAACGCCCUCCGACGUCGGUUCCAUCCUCUCGCUCAUCCACGAACUCGCCAAGUACGAGCGAGAGCCCGCAUCGACCGUCGAGGCCACGGAGGAGUCGCUACUCAACACCCUUCGAUUCACCCCUCUGCAUCCAACCUCACAGAACUUGGCUUCCUGUCUCUUGGCCUUCGUGCCCUCGAGCACCGAGCCCGUGGGCCUUGCUCUUUACUUCACUAACUACUCGACCUGGCGCGGGCGCGGUGGAAUUUAUCUUGAGGAUCUAUUUGUGAAGGAAUCGGCCCGUGGUCAGCGCAUCGGCAAAAGACUGUUGGGAGAGCUAGCGAGGGAGGUCGAGUUAAUGAAAGGCGGACGAUUGGAGUGGUCGGUUUUGAAAUGGAACGAGCCCAGUAUUCAGUUCUACAAGUCCUUGGGAGCGGUUGCAAUGGACGAGUGGCAGACCAUGAGAGUCGAUGGCGAGGCCCUGACGAAGCUGGCUAAGGACAGCGAGGGCAUCAAGGGGAGGAGCACCACCCUGAUCUGAAGUGCGAUCGUUGACACAUUGGGACCCCAGACUCGAUGUACUCAUUACAUAGACUAGCCAGCGUUUUGCAGGCACUAAAAGAACCCUUUUCGUUUCGGACACUCAGGUAGAUAAGAGAUGGACAUUGCAUUAGUCAUAAAUUGUCA